AUGAGUGAUCAUGCUCGAAGCAUCGUGCUGGUGUUUGAUGAGUCCCAUACUCGGAUUCAAACAGUUUCUGAGCUGCUGCUUAUUUCCUGCAUUCCACGGCCUGUGUUCACACGGGCUGAAGAUUUGAACCUAACUAAAGAUAAUUUUGUGAGGUAUCGGGACAGAGUGAUUGGCCAGCUGAACAGGAUGUUAAUCUUGUCUCGGGAUAUUGCUACACAGGUUCAUGCAAAGCAAAUUCAAUGGAAGCCAUUUUGUCACAGAACUCAAGAGCUGACAACUGCAGUGAUUCAUCUGUCAGAGUUGUCUGCUCAUAUUGCCUACCUCAUCGCCGCCAACACCACAGGCUCACAGCCGGCAGUGCUAGGGCCUGUAGCCAACAUUCACCAGCUCACCCAAGCUGACCUUGACAUAAGAUUUUCCUGCACGAGAUUGAAACGCUCCCGGAUGAGUGACCUGCAACCUCAUUUAUUGGUGGACCUGUGCAGCGUGCUAACCAAGUCCUUGACCGCAAUGACUGACAUCUGCAGGCAGGCAGCAGACAAGAUAUCAGAUUCAAACGAUCAGGACCAGUUUAAAUUGUGUGUGAAAGCCAUCACAUCAACUACAGGCUGUCUGGUAUCCAGCAUCAAGAGUUUCAAACACCAGCCAUCAGAGACACACUUCAGGCGGGUGGUCACGUUCUGUGACCCUGUGAUCUCCACCAGUGGAGCUCUGCUAAAUUUUGCCUCAGAGGGCAGUUUCGUUGGCAUUCCUGCUGUGUUGUCUGCGGAAGGUCUUGAGGCAUACAAGUCUAUCUUGGGACUGUGCAUGAGUAUCGCCUCGGCCAAUAUUCAGAUCUGCAGAGCGGUCCGGGACCUUGUGUAUUCCUACUCAACCAAGAGACAGCAGGACAGAAUGUCCCUGUGUGUGGAAUCCAUCACCCGGUCAUCCUCACAGCUGCGCGACCUACUCCUCUCACACGAAUUCACGCCAAAAUCUGGUACCGAUUUGUGCGGGCGUGCUGACUCGGAUAGUACCUUGCAGACGCGUACAUCAGAAAAGUUUGAUAUGUCUUCAGGUGUUUCUGAACCUUCACCCUCACAAGAGGCGGGAAGAAUGACAUCCCCAUCCGCACAAACACUUAGAUCCUCUGCUGAGAAGGAGAUGAAGACAAUAAAUGAUAAUAAAGUUUCUCAGUUAGGAGGAGGUGAUCCCCACAGUUCAGACACUGCAAAACAUACUCAGGAGGAGUGUCAUCGACAUGUUACCCAGGCUUUCUUUUCAUCACCCUUGUCAUCGAGGCCUGUCUCAAUGGCAGGAGAAAGCUCUGAAACUUCUUCACGUUCUGGCAUCAGUGUUGAUGGAGACUUGAAGUCAGUGUCACCUCAGCAUUUUUUAUCAUCUCCAUUAUCUAUAUCAUCCUCAUCACUGACGGCAUCAUUUAGUGACGAUCAAGAUCUUUUAGACAGCAGUUUGUUGACUGAGUUAGAAAAGAAAGAAACAGUGUCUGCAUUUAAUAGUUGA